UCAAGCCAGCUCCAUCUUUACCCGAACCUCUAAAAAACAACUCUUGAGCCAUAGUAGACUAAAAAAAAAUGCUCCACAGACUCAGAUACUCCUCUCUCCGACGAACGACCGCUCUCCGCACUCUCCCUUUCCGUUCCUUCUCCUCCAGUUCUAAAUCCAAAGAAGAACUGAGCCCAAAACAACAUCAACAGGAAGAAGAUGCCAUCUUUCACAUCAUCAACUCCUCCUCCCUCAGCUCCAUGAUCACCUCCCUCAAAUCCCUCUCCAUUCCGCUCUCCAACUCCAUCGUCGACUGCGUCCUCAAGCGCGUCCGCUUCAGCCAUGGAAACCCCCUUAAAGCCCUAGAUUUUUUCAAGUUCACCGCCAAACAACACUCUUUCUCCCACACCCCUUUCUCUUAUGAUACCAUGCUUUAUAUCCUCGGCCGCGGCCGUAGGUUUCCCGAGAUGUGGAACCUCCUUCGCGAAAUGAAGCAGCAAGAUCGGAAUUUGAUCACCACAAGAACUAUUCAGAUCGUCUUAGGCCGAAUCGCAAAGGUCUGCUCGGUACGUCAGACCGUCGAGAGCUUCCGUAAGUUCCGGCGACUGGCCCCAGAAUUCAACACCGAUUGCUUCAACGCGUUGCUGAGAACUCUGUGCCAGGAGAAGAGUAUGAGCGAUGCCAGAAACGUUUACCAUAGCUUGAAGCAUGAGUUCAGGCCUAAUCUCCAGAGUUUCAACAUACUUUUAUCAGGUUGGAAGUCAUCGGAAGAGGCCGAAGGGUUUUUUAAAGAGAUGGCUGAGCUUGGAGUAAACCCGGAUUUGGUUUCCUACAACUGUUUGAUCGACGUAUACUGCAAGAACAGAGAGCUGGAUAAGGCUUACAAGGUGUUCGAUCAAAUACGUGAAAAGGAUUUCUCACCUGAUGUGUUCACCUACACUAGCAUAAUUGGUGGCUUAGGACUUAUCGGCCAGCCAGACAAGGCCAAGGAGGUGUUAAAGGACAUGAGAGAGAUGGGAUGUCACCCCGAUGCCGCCGCCUACAAUGCGGUGAUAAGGAAUUACUGCAUUGCGAAGAGGCUCGGCAAUGCUUUCGCGUUGAUGGAGGAGAUGGAGAGUAGAGGACUGAAACCAAAUCCAACAAGCUAUAACCUCUUCUUUCGAUGCUUCUACUGGGCGAAUGAAUUAGAGAGUUCAUGGCAACUAUACAAGAGGAUGAGGACAGAGGGGUGUUUGCCGAACACACAGUCCUGUAUGUUUCUUGUCAGAAUGUGCAGAAGACAAGAGAAUGUUGGGCUGGCACUGGAGCUCUGGAAUGAUAUGGUGAAGAAUGGAUAUGGAUCUUUACCGUUGGUUUCAGAUGUUUUAUUUGAUUUGUUGUGUGAUUUAGGGAAGUUGGAUGAAGCUGAGAGGUGUUUUAUUGAAAUGGUUGAGAUGGGGCAGAAGCCAAGCAGGGUGUCAUUUAGAAGGAUUAAAGUUCUUAUGGAGCUGGCUAAGAGGCAAGACUGUAUCAAGAAUUUGGAGGAGAAGAUGGGAGGUUUUGGAACUAUGAGGGAAGCUGAUGAGAGACUAGAGAAGUCAUUUGAAAUGCCUUAUUCUGAGUUUCUUAACCUAUGAUGGUUGUCAAGGAAGGAAACUAUUGAAUGGGGCUAGUAAAUCCCGGCAAUCUAUUUGCCACCGCAAUGAAUCAAGUAGAAGAUGAUGAUGUGGAGAUCAUGGAGAUAAAGAUGAUCUAUAUGGUCGAUCUCUGCAAGAGCACAGCAUUCUGAGGGCCAUUUGCCCUCCAAGUAGAAAACUUUUUCCUGAGCAAGUUGAAGAGCAAGCUCACCUUGCUUCGCAUGAACUAAUGGAAGAAGAAAAUGCUGGCGCUUCCAAGAUAAACAACAACCAAUCUGUCUUCUUGGUAAAUCUCAAAUUUUGUGAUUUGUCUAGAUAUUCAAAAUCAAAACUUCAUGACAGUUUAUUUUGUGAUGGUGUAAUGCAUGAAAAAUUUGGGCGUCAUUUGUGAUGGCCUAAGUCUAUAUAUUUCUCUCCUUAGGAAUUGUAUAAAUUCCUAAUAAUUAUGGGCAUCAUUUGUAUACAUAAA